AUGCUGAUCAUGGAUGAGCUGAGGGAGAUGGAUUGCAGCGUACUGAAACGGCUGCUCAAAAGAGACGGCAUCCCGAACCGGAGCAGUACCGACAGCGGCCACAAGCUCCAUUCCAGCCCGAGCGCUAAUAGUAACGGCAUGAGCGGAGGCGGCAGUGUGGGGGUCGGAGGUACUUGCCUGCUUCUGGACUGUAGACCUUUCCUGGCGCACAGUGCGGGCUUCAUCCAGGGAUCGGUGAACGUACGCUGUAACACCAUUGUCCGGAGAAGGGCCAAGGGCUUUGUGAGCCUGGAGCAGAUCCUACCGGCGGGGAGCAAGGACGAGGAGGAGGUGCUGACCCGGCUCCGUUCAGGACUCUACUCUGCCAUCAUUGUGUAUGAUGAGAGGAGCCCCAGAGUCGAGUGCCUGCGGGAGGACAGCACGGUGUCACUGGUGGUGCAGGCUCUGCGCAAGGACAACGACAGCACUGACAUCUGUCUACUCAAAGGAGGUUAUGAAAGAUUUCACUCGGAGUACCCAGAAUUCUGUGCAAAGACAAAAUCUAUAAACAGUAUUUCCCUGCCUGCCAGCUUAGAGCCGACUGAAACAGGCUGCAGUUCCUGUACAACACCACUUCAUGAUCAGGGUGGUCCAGUGGACAUCCUUCCCUUCCUUUACCUCGGUAGUGCUUAUCAUGCUGCCCGAAGAGACAUGUUGGAUGCCUUAGGUAUCACAGCCUUACUGAACGUAUCUUCCGACUGUCCCAACCAUUUUGAAGGGCAUUUCCAGUAUAAAUGUAUUCCAGUGGAAGACAACCAUAAAGCUGACAUUAGCUCCUGGUUCAUGGAGGCAAUAGAAUAUAUUGACUCCAUCAAGGAUAAUCAUGGACGUGUACUGGUGCAUUGCCAAGCUGGCAUUUCUCGGUCUGCUACCAUAUGCUUGGCCUACUUGAUGAUGAAGAAAAGGGUAAAAUUGGAAGAGGCCUUUGAAUUUGUCAAGCAACGUAGGAGUAUAAUCUCUCCCAACUUCAGUUUCAUGGGACAACUGCUACAAUUCGAAUCUCAGGUCUUGACCACUACCUGUGCGACAGAGGCUGCCAGUCCCUCUGCCACACUUUUAGAACGCAGUAAGACAACUUCUUCACCCACAUCUCCUUUUGUCUUCAGCUUUCCUGUGUCAGUAGCAGCUCCAAACAGCCUCCCUUAUCUUCACAGUCCCAUCACAACUUCUCCCAGUUGCUAG